AGGGGUUCAAUCUGGAUGAGAAGGAAGAUUGUUCAUUUGGUGCUUCCGUGAGAUGACAGUGAUGGAAUGAGCCAAGGACGAUGGGGUCUCGGAUCAAGGAAAAUCCACAGAAAAUAUUUGAUUUGUUCUUUGAAGUUGCUCGUCCAUCACUUGCAGAUGAUGAUCCUCAAGUGCGUAGACAAUUUCCGCUGGACUUUGAUGAUCAGGAAUCAAUCCAGAUGCUGCCCAAGUUUUGCUUCCCCUUUGAUAUGGAGAGGGCUAAGGAGUGCCCCACAGUCCAGCACUUUACUUUCGCCCUCACCGACAUGGAGGGGAAGCAGCGCUUUGGCUUCUGCCGACUGGCCAUAGGCUUCCGGUCCUGCCUGUGUCUACUCAGUUACUUACCUUGGUUUGAAGUCUUCUACAAGAUCCUGAACUACAUUGCAGAAAACCUAGCCAAAGAGCAGUUCACGGAGCUGGAUGAGUUCUUAUCUGCACUGUAUCUCUACCCUGUGCCAAGCCUCUGCAGCCCCAUCACCCUUGAGUUUGACCCAAAAGCAACUAAAUUGAAAAUUUCUACUGAGACGGAUCUGAACAGGCAAAACAAAAAUAGGGAUCUGAACCCUGGGACAGCAUUGGUUUAUUUCAUUGCCCCUGAUCCUGGCAAACUGCCCACCAUCCCUGACAAUAGAAAUCUGACCGAGUUCGUUGUGGCGGUGGACGUGAAUAACAUGCUGCACCUCUACGCAAGCCUCCUCCAUGAGCGGCGGAUCCUGCUCACCAGCAGCAAGCUCAGCACGCUGACAGCCUGCAUCCAGGCCUCCUCCUCCAUGUUGUAUCCUAUGUACUGGCAGCACAUCUUUAUUCCUGCACUGCCCCCACACCUCCUCGACUACUGUUGUGCCCCUAUGCCCUAUCUCAUUGGAGUCCAUACAAGCCUUAUGGAGAGCGUGAGGAGCAAAGCCCUGGAAGAUGUCGUCAUUCUCAGCAUUGAUAGCAACACAAUGGAAUCGCCCUUCCAAGACCUGGAAAAUCUCCCAAGUGAUGUUGUCUCCUUACUGAAGUUCCAGCUUAAGAAGCAAUCUGCCACCACCGGAGAUGGAGUUGCCCGAGCCUUCCUCAGGGCCCAGGCGCUUCUCUUUGGCAGCUAUCGUGAGGGGCUGGUUUGCACUCCGGAAAAGCACAUAUCCUUUUGCCAGGAGAGCUUCCUACGGCAGGGACCCAGCGCGAUGCAGGGCUUCCUCCAGCGGGCCAGGCACCUGCAGCUCUUCAAGGAGUUCAUCAAUGAGCGUCUGGAGAAGUUAAAUGCAGAAGAGGAUUUUUCUGACCUCUUUGAGCAAGAGAUCAACAGCAGCUUGUCCCCAGGUAGUAUGCACUCCUAUCAGCUGUGGGUGGAGAGCCUCAAGAAAAGUGGAGGAGCCCUGAUAAGUACUAUGAAGAAUAAAGCCAAUCCAGCUGUCAAGAAUGCAUACCAAUAUGCCAAAGGACAUGCCAAAAUCAGGCUGAAAAACAUGCGGAGCCGUCUAAAGGAUUCCACUCUACACCAGUCCAGGGAGCAAGAACACUCCCUGAAUUGCAGUCAGAUCUCCAGUCCCAUCCUGCCUACCAGAAAUAAACAGUCUGAGAACCUACAAAGGCGAUUGCCCAUCACCCAGCACUUCGGGAAGUCUCGCCCUAGGCGACCACAAAGACCAAGCAGUGGGACAGAACUGGACACUCAAAGGGAUGUUUCUACCCCCUUCACACCACCUUCCCUGGACUCCUCUCUGGAACCUGAGAGAGGUGAAAAUUACCUGAAUGCAGAGAAGUUUGACCUCUUAGGUGAAAUUUUUGAGACGCUAAACCUGCUGGAGCCAAGCCAAGCUCAACAGCCUCUCUAUGGGACCCGCAGCUUGGAUUUCUGUAACCUUGAAGAGGAGAACUUCUAUGCUAAGCUGAGGCCCAGUGGAGAGGCCCUCUACGAAGUCCUGUCUGAAGAACAGGAUGAUGGUGAUGACUCUCUGUCUGAGGAUAGAGUGUUCCUGGGCUACCCAGAUGAAGAGAACAUGUCAAACACUUUGCUGUUGUCUGCCAGAGCUGCAAGCACAAGUAAUGAGGUGUGGGACCACAGCCCCCCUGAGCAGCAAGAUAGUCCUGAUCCUGACACCCCAACUCUUUCCUUGCAGGAGGCUAGCAAUGAGCCAUCAGAAGUGGCAUUGACCCAGAAGGCAGAUCUUGAAGCUGCCAUUCCUAGUUCAGUUAUACUAGAGGGCUGCACUGCUACCAAGUUGGGACAGGAAUGUAGGACUGACCAGACCCUUGAACCCCCAACCAACGAGAACCCAGAGGCAGAGUCAUUGGUUGCUAGUAGUUCCACCAACCAAUCAUCUUCAGGCUUGUUACAAACAAAAGUCAGUGACUCUGUGGCAAAGAAGAAUGUUCUAGGCAGGGUCACCAGCUUACAGCCCCAGUUAGUUUCUAGGCCCUUGAUGCAGCCUAGGGUGCUGGAACUGAAGAAAAGAUUUGAGGCCUGAAAGAGCAUCCUGCAAACAAAUUGGCUGUACGUUUAAGAGAAAAGAACCUUCUGUGUUUGAGUCACAAUUAGCCCCUGAACCUGGAGGCCUUUCACGUGGGAGCAGCAGUGGUAGAAGAGCUUCAUCUGUCCAGGCACAUCAAAAAUAUUGCUAGAAGCAGAAGGAGGGCCUAUUAAUAGCACAAGGGAAAAGGAGCACUUAGUUCAUGUCCAGUCAACUGGCAGGGCUUCACUCCUACGGGACAGAACCUGCAUUUAAAUAAGUGAAUUUGUUGAUCUGGACAGAACUCCUUUUCUCUGCUAAGUGUGGAAGACAGCUUCCUAUGUCAACCUUUCUCAAGCAAUGUAUCGGGAAAAGCAGGUAACAUGAAAAUGAGCUGCUGUUGUUGUGGCGCGGUUUGCAUGUGUGAAUGAGCCACUGAAGAUCAAUGCUCAUAAAUAAAAACAAGCAGUAUUGUAAGAUGUGAUGAUGGCUGUGUGUGAAAGAGAGAGGGAGAGAUCCCUCAUCUGCUGGUCUUCCUGUAGGCUGUGAACUAUGCCUUUGAUGUUGAUAAAGCUAGGGUGCUGAACGACUUGCAGAACCAUGCUGGUGCCAGAUUCAGUCAGGGAUCCAUCAGAGCAGUAAUGAAGAAAUGUGAUAAGCCCUUUUUAGGCCUAGUUGUCAUAAAAAUAAUUGCAGAAGAGCAGCCAGAAACAGCUGCUAGUUCAGCAAGCAGUGGCCAGGUAGUAUAAGAACCCUUAAGUCUGAACAGAGCUAAGUGGUCAUAAAAGGGUGAAGUUAUUCCUGAAGGAAAUAAAAAUUCUAGUGGGUGACUUUAAAGAAGACUUCCUCAACCUAGCUUCUAGGUUGUGUUGGACUCCCACAAUUGGACACUGGCCAUUCUGUUAAAAUAGAGCCCUUUUUUGGUAGCCUCCCCAAGUGCUUCUGGCUACAGGCAACAUUGCUUCUUGCUAUUUUAAGAUAGGAAAUACAUGAAAUUACUUACCGCGCUGCAGCCUUCGUUGUGCACACACAAAUAUACACAUGUACAUUAAAGUUGUUCAAUCCUGAGUAAAACGAUCCUCCUUUCAGAGCUCCAG